ACAAAUGUUUUAAAUGGAGAGUGAUUUCUUGGCCCGUUAUAAAUUUGGCUGAGACAUCAAUGCUAUAGUUUUCAUUGGGGUUUUUUGGACAGGGUCGUCAAACUCAUUAGGAGCUAGCCUUCCACAAGCACAAAUGGAGGGCUCAAGCUUCUUGUCCCUGAAAGUUGCUCUGAUACUGGUUUUCUUGUUGCAUUACACAGCAGCUCAUAGUCACAAUAAGCAUGCAGGCGACGGGGUUCAGCCGCUUUCCAAGGUUCAAAUCCACAGAGCUGUUUAUGAGCUUCAUGAAAAUGCUUCCCUCAAACCAUACCCUGCACUUCUUGGUAUGAAGGGAGAAGAUUCUGAGUGGGUAACUGUGAAAGUUGAUAGUCCUAAUCCUUCUGGAGAUGAUUGGUUGGCAGUUUUUUCUCCUGCAAAUUUCGACUCAUCGACUUGUCCAUCUACCGACUCCAGACAACAGGCUCCAUACAUAUGCUCAGCUCCGAUCAAGUACAUGUUUGCGAAUGAUUCCAGUGCUGAUUAUACAAAGACUGGCAAAGGAACUUUCAAACUUCAGUUGAUCAAUCAAAGGGAAGGUUUUUCAUUUGCAUUGUUCUCAGGCGGGCUAUCAAACCCAAAAUUGGUGGCAGUUUCUAGUGCUAUAAGUUUCUUGAAUCCGAAAGCACCCCUUUACCCUCGUCUUGCUCAAGGAAAGCAAUGGGAUGAAAUGACAGUAACCUGGACAAGUGGCUAUAACAUUGAUGAAGCUGUACCUUUUGUUGAGUGGGGUCUAAAGGGAGAGGCUCAAACCCGAUCUCCAGCAGGAACAUUGACUUUUACACGAGAGAGCAUGUGUGGUCCACCAGCUCGAACAGUUGGUUGGCGCGAUCCUGGUUUCAUCCACACUAGUUUCUUAAAGGACCUUUGGCCAAAUUCAUUGUACACUUACAAGCUCGGUCAUAGGUCAUCUAAUGGUUCCUAUAUCUGGAGCAAGUCUUACUCUUUCAAGUCAUCACCAUAUCCCGGUCAGGACUCAUUACAGCGUGUAGUUAUAUUUGGAGACAUGGGAAAGGCUGAGCGCGAUGGUUCAAAUGAAUACAGUAAUUAUCAGCCGGGUUCACUCAAUACCACUGAUCAACUGAUCAAGGACUUAGAUAACAUUGACAUAGUUUUCCACAUAGGAGACAUUUCCUAUGCCAAUGGAUACAUCUCACAGUGGGACCAGUUCACAUCACAGGUUGAGCCCAUUGCAUCGACUGUACCAUAUAUGAUUGCAAGUGGUAAUCAUGAACGAGAUACACCAGGGACCGGAUCCUUCUAUAAUGGUAAUGAUGCAGGUGGUGAAUGUGGUGUGCUAGCUGAGACUAUGUUUUAUGUUCCUGCCGAGAACCGAGCUAAGUUCUGGUACUCAACAGAUUAUGGCAUGUUCCACUUCUGUGUAGCUGACACUGAACAUGACUGGAGGGAAGGAACUGAGCAGUACAAAUUUAUUGAGAAAUGCCUUGCAUCAGUUGACAGGCAGAAACAGCCUUGGCUGAUAUUCAUUGCUCAUCGUGUUCUUGGUUAUUCCUCCGACUUAUAUUAUGGGUUGGAUGGUUCAUUUGAAGAGCCAAUGGGUAGGGAAAGCAUGCAAAAGCUAUGGCAAAAGUACAAGGUAGACAUUGCUUUCUAUGGCCAUGUCCAUAACUAUGAAAGAAUAUGCCCCAUUUACCAGAAUCAAUGUGUAAACACAGAAAAAUCCCAUUAUUCCGGGACUGUGAAUGGAACAAUCCACAUUGUUGUUGGAGGAGGAGGCAGUCACUUAUCAGAAUUUAGCCCAGUGCAGACCACUUGGAGCCUUCACAAAGAUCAUGACUUUGGCUUUGUAAAACUCACAGCAUUUAACCACUCAUCACUUCUCAUGGAGUACAAGAAGAGCAGUGAUGGUAAUGUCUAUGAUUCCUUCACUAUCUCAAGGGACUACAGGGAUGUCUUGGCAUGCGUGCAUGACGGUUGUGAGCCAACUACCUUAGCUACAUGAUGAAGUACAUCAUCUUACACUUUCGAUGAUCAAACAGUGGAUGUACACUUGACAAGAAACUUGCCACUGAGAAAUAAGUUGUACGUACAAAUGAUUUUAGGGUAUCAGAACUGGUAUCAAAUGAAAUCCACAGUUCAUUUGUUACAGAAUAUUAUUUGGUCAACCUAUAUGUCCCCCACCCCCCUCUUGAUACAGAUUGGCUUAAGCAUAUAUUCAAAUCACAGUCUAUCUUGACCC